CGCCGGGGGGUGUGACGUCACUUCGCCCGUCGCGAUGUCAUCGCCGCACCCCUCACCCAUCCCAGCGCCGGGUCUCCUCUGCCCAACCGCCGCCGAGCCGCCCGCUCUUGGCACCGUGAGGCCUUCACCGGCAGUGACGUGAUGUCACCAAGAGGGGCCUGACGUCACCGUGGGGACGUGACGUCACCAGUUAUCCCUGGGGGGUGGUGGUGGGGAGGGUUCCGUAGGCAGCCCUCACCAUUCCUACUCUUAGCUGCCGGUGCUGCUGCGUGGCACUGCGGACGAGGAGGGGCCGUGCCCCGGGUUCGUGCUGGAGGAGAUCAGCAAUCUCUCGUGAGUCGGCAGGCAGCAGCCAGUGCCUGCUGGAGUUCCUGCUGGGCCGGCUGCGCAGCGGCUCCUGCCACGUCAAGCUGAAGGUAUGGCAUUGCUGCGGGCUGGGGGCAGUGGCGGAGCUGUGGAGUGGACUCUUCACCCCAAUGUUGGACCCCCAACAUCCUGUCAGGUGCUGAAGAUCCUGCAGCACACGUGUGCCCAGGGUUCACCCCAGUUCCUCCUGCAGCUGAGGAGGAACGCUGCUUUCAUUCGGGAGGCUGCAGCAUUCACUGGGCCCCCAGACCCCCUCCACGGCAACAGCUUAAACCAGAAGGUCCGGGCUGCUGCGCAGGACUUGGCCAGCUUUCUCUUCUCGGAUGCUCUGCUCCCAGCCGUUACCACACUGCCUGCCCGUCCCCUGCCUCCUGCAGGCAUGGGUUCCAAAUCCAGUCCCUGCAGCUCCAUGCAAGGAUUUGGCUUCAGCAGCGAGAGAGGCGGCUCCACCUCAGCAGGUGAAGCCCUGCUCAGCACCAUCCAGCGAGCAGCUGAAGCGGUGGCCAAUGCUGUGCUUCCCUCACCGGAGGGACCCCGGUCUCACUGUGGGGAGCUCCAUGAGGAUGCCUACCAACCUGUGACAGCUCCUUCUCCUGCAAGGAGCCUGGCCAGCUCAACCAAUCCACCUGCAGCCACUACAGCUCACAUUGCCCGAGUGAGCCACCAGCCGGGGCUGGCGGGGGGCGGCUGGGAGGAGGCAGACAGCGGGCACAGCUCCCAGAACUCCUCGCAGGAGAAUGGUGACCUGAGCCGCACCUCAGACACCUACAGCAAAUCGGGCAGCGACAGUCACUCUGGGGCCAGCCGGGAGCUGGUGAGCGGGGCUGAGAGGGUGGAUGCUGACAGCCUGGGUGAUUGCCUGAGGGAGGUGAGCCUGGUGUCAGCGCUGACCCAGGGUGCCAGGGUCUUCCUGACUAGGGAGGAGGCACAGCACUUCCUCAAGGAGUGUGGGCUGCUGAACUGCGAGGUGGUGCUGGAGCUGCUCAGUCGGGCCCUGGAGGACCCCAGUGACAAUGUCCGCAUGCGGUCCAUGAGCGCCAUCUCAUCCCUCAUGUGCUCCGACCUGUUGGCUCUGGACCAGAUCUUUGCAGGAACACGACAGCAACUGCAGCAGCUCAGCCAAGGCAGCCCCGGCCCUGUGGCCAACCGAGCAACCAAGAUCCUGCGGCAGUUUGAGGCUCUAUGCAGAGGCCGCCCGUCCCCCAAAACCUCACGCCCGUGCUCAGCUCCAUUUACCCUCGCUGAGGGCUCAGCCCCAUGCACAGGGGACCUGCUGACGGACAUCCCACCUCUGCUCGAUGAAAGCAUCCUCCAGCCCCUGACUGCACCCACACUCCCCGGCACUGCACCAGCUGUGGAGACAGAGCCGGCAUUGGAAGAGGAGCCCUGGGAGCAGCCCAGCCCCACAGCAGUGCCUGUCGCACACAGACAGGAGGCAGCGAGCAGGUUGGUGGGGGAUGUGGGCACGACGGCAGUGCCCACCCGCAGCCUGUCCCUGUUUGCUGGCAUGGAGCUGGUGGCACCGCCGGGCACGGCGCUCACCCUGCGCUCACCGCCUGCGGAGCCGCGGACGUUGCCACAGCCCCAAGGUGACACCAUGCCUGAUCGGAGCGAUGCAGAGCCCUCAGCCUUCUCCUUCCUCUACGCAUAGCUGCCUCCGGGAUCCUGCAGGGCUGCGGGCGAUGGCUGUGGGGCUCAGCGUGGGCUUCUCACCAACAAGCAGCCCUAUGGAGACAAGGGCAAUGGGGCUGCGCCUGGGCGCUGCCAGGGAGCUAUAGGAUAUGAAAUGGGGCCGGUGGCAGAGCUUUAAGGAGUCUGUCACUGUCUUCCCGUUCUGGGAAGGUAGGUGGCCCGGCCUGACCCGUGGGGGUCCGUGCUGCAGACCCUGCAGGGCCGGGGAAGCCCUGAGUUGGACGCAGGGUCAGAGCUGUAGGGGUCGCGCUGCGGUGAUGCUGGUGGGGCCGCAGCCGGAAAGCACCAAUAAACCUGAGCCCGGAUGGGA